GGUACUUAAGUAGUGCAAGUACAUUGAAUCAUUAGUAAUUGUUACCGAAAUUGUUCCUAGUUAGGUAAGUACCUCAUUUAUAAUUUUUAAUACGUAACUAAUUAGGAUUCUGUCAUUAACGUCCCUAUAUAUAAAAUAAGGUUUUCUAAAAGCUACCAUAACCGUUGUUGAACUGCUAUCCUGAGCAUCUAUCAUCUACUUACUUCAUUAAAAUAUUAAUAUUUACAUUAUGGAAAAAAUGACGAAAAAUUUUGAAGAGACCCGUCAGCCAUCGGGAAUUAAGCCAGUGGACUUCAAACGUAAUGCCAGGCAGUACCCCGAGUGCCUGUGCAUGAUAGAACUGAGCGAGCCGAUUUACCAGUGCGAGUCGGGGCACAACAUGUGCAGCAAGUGCACGAAGGAGACACCAGUGUGCCCAAUUUGCCGAAAACCAACCGGGAAAAUGAGAAACUGGCAGCUAGAGGAAAUAGUUGCAUAUUAUCGAGCCGAAGACAAAUUGAAAGAGAUGGAAACACUGCAGCACAUACUCUAUAACGAGUGUCAAAAGAAAAGAGACUCCUAGCCGAAUUCUGAUAUGUCUAGACAGGCAAAAUAAAGGACAUGAUGGAUGGAACACUUCAAGGAUGGUCACGCUGAGAACUGCGGCAUCACCACUGAUGCGAUGCGGGUGUCGUGGAACUAACGUCAAUGUUAUUUAGUUCCUUUAAAUCAUUCUGUACCUACCUAAUAUUAUGUGAUUGUGAAUAAAACUUAAAAAAAC